AUGGCAGUAUUGUCUCUGCCUUCUAUUCAUGGGCUGACAUAUCCAGACCCGAAUCCGACCCACCGCCACAGGAUCCGCUGCAAUAGUAAUCGACCCACAAACCACUUGGUCAAGCUCUCCACCGCGUCUAGCGGCAAGGGAUGCUCGCCGGCGGAAGACUUUCUCCGGCAGCUCUCUAUUUCCUCUGUUUUCUUAAUUGGCGUCGGAAUCACCAGCCUUUGGGCCUUUCCUCACCCAGCUGCAGCUCGCAUUCCUCCCUCCUCCUCCACUGCCCACGAAAUUCUCGAUGAGGAUAAUGUGGGCAAGGUUGAGAGUUCGGGGGAUUUUGAAGAUAAGGAUAUGAAUGCUGCGUUUGAACGCUGGAAGUCUAAAUCAUACGCAUUGACUGUACCUUUGAGAAUAGUUGCUCUGGAAGGUUCAAUUCCUCCUGUCUGGAUUAGGGAGUUUUUGAAAUCCCAAGGGAAGAGGGUCCAGUUCCGCACAGAGUUCCGCCGAAGUGUUGGGGACAUAUUUCAUGAACUCUCUAAUCCAAUGUCCAAAGGAAAAAUCAGUCCUAAAUCUGCUGUGUCGGCUGAUCUUGUUACACUUGGUGAUUCCUGGUUAAAUUUUUCCAUUGGAAAGGGGUUGAUUGAGCCUAUGAAAGGAAUAGAAGAACAAGACUGGUUUCAAGAUUUAAGUGACAAAUGGAAGGUAUAUUUACGCAGGAGUGCUGACGGGGUUUUGGAUUCUCAAGGCAAGAUAUGGGCUGUGCCAUAUCGUUGGGGCAGCAUCGUGAUAGCUUAUAAUAACAAAGAAUUUAAAAGGCAUAAAUUAGCUCCAGUAAAGGAUUGGUCAGAUCUCUGGCGUCCGGAACUAGCUGGCAAGAUUUCAAUGGUUGAUUCACCUAGGGAAAUAAUUGGAGCAGUGUUGAAGUAUAUGGGAUCGUCAUAUAAUACUACUAAUAUUGAUUCUCAAGUAGUUGGUGGGAAGAAUGCCGUGCUGCAGCAACUUAAUCUGCUUGUGAAACAGGUUCGUCUAUUUGAUAGUCAGCAUUAUCUUAAAGCCUUCAGAGCAGGAGAUGUGUGGGUAGCUGUUGGAUGGAGCAGUGACGUACUUCCUGUUGCCAAAACUAUGUCAAAUGUUUCAGUGAUGGUUCCCAAGUCCGGUGCAAGCUUGUGGGCAGAUUUUUGGGCGAUACCAAGUACCUCACGACUUGCUACAGACCAAAUCGGAGGAAGAAUUAGGGGAGCGUCACCAUUGGUGCAGCAAUGGGUGGAGUUCUGUCUGCAGCCAGAGAGAGCCUUGCCUUUCAAAGAAGAGGUUGUAGCUGGUGCAUCACCAGUUUCUCUGAAAGCCCCAGUCGAACAGCCAGUUGAGCGUAAAAAGGGCAGGCCGAAGCUGGAAACGAAUCUGGUAGGUAGCGUACCGCCUGCUGACAUUCUGUCCAAGUGUGAACUGUUGGAGCCAUUAUCAGAAGAUGCAUUAUCUGAUUAUGAGUGGCUAAUAAAUAGUUUGCCAAAACCUAGUCACAGUGUAGUGACCAGACUGAAGCAUGUUGUGUCUUCUUUGGUUCCAACAUUCUGGUCCAAAAUGCAAUCUAUCCUUGCAUGAUUCGAAUGCCAUUGGAUUGAAAUGAAAACGACAACAAUUUGUUAAUUUUCCUAGUGAUAUGGUCACCGUUGCUCUC